CUUUUCUUCGGGGUCUUCAGCUCCACAGCAUGGGUACGAUUUGAACCGCUCCCCGCAGACGCAUCGCCGAGCCUCCCCACUAUUUAUUUCCUACUGAUCGGGCUGAGGGCAGACGAGAGGAUGAUGGAGUACUGGAGGCAGUGCGCGCUGUGGCUGAUCCACUGUAAGGUGCUGCCGGUUAGCCACCGGGUGACCUGGGAGUCCGCGCAGGUGUUCGACUUCGCUCAGACCCUCCGGGAUGGAGUCCUCCUGUGCCACCUGCUCAACAACCUGAAGCCCCAGUGCAUCAACCUGAAGGAGAUCAACCUCCGACCGCAAAUGUCGCAGUUCCUGUGCCUGAAGAACAUCAGGACGUUCCUGGCGGCGUGCAGCGACACAUUCGGGAUGAAGAAAAGCGAACUGUUCGACGCCUUCGACCUUUUCGACGUCAGGAACUUUGGGAAGGUUAUGGACACGUUAUCCAAACUUUCCCACACAAGUCUCGCACUACAGACAGGAAUCAGGCCUUUUCCUACCGAGGAGAGCGUAGAAGAUGAGGACAUCUACAACCACCUGGAGGACCUAAUAGACGAGAACCUGGUGGAGGAUGAGGAGGAUCUUUACGACUGCGUCUACGAUGACGAGGAAGGUGGAGAGAUCUACGAGGACCUGAUGAAGACCGAAGUCGUCCCUCCUCCGGCGUUUCAGAGGCAGGUGGAGACCGACAUCAGGAGUUGCUGUUUGACAGAAAUCAGGCAGACCGAGGAGAAAUACGCAGAGACCCUGGAGUCUAUAGAGAAGCACUUCAUGACGCCACUCGCCAUGUUUCUGUCUUCGGCUGAGAUGGAGAAGGUGUUUGUGAAUAUUCCGGACCUCGUUAAGGUUCACAAGUGUUUACUGCUGGAAAUCAAAGAGUCGAUCCACCAAAGAAGUGCCCAGAACCUUUUCCAGAUCUUCAUCACGUUCAAGGAGAGGUUGUUGAUCUAUGGGAAGUACUGCAGCCACGUGGAGACGGCCAUCUCCUCCCUGGACGACAUCUGCAGACACAGAGAGGACGUCCGCAUGAAGCUGGAGGAGUGCUCAAAGAGAGCCAAUUAUGGAAAGUUCACCCUGAGAGACCUGCUGGUGGUCCCGAUGCAGCGGGUGCUGAAGUAUCACCUCCUCCUGCAGGAGCUGGUGAAGCACACGCAUGACGCCUCCGACAAGAGCAACCUCAGGACCGCGCUGGACGCCAUGAAGGACUUGGCUCAGUACGUUAAUGAAGUGAAGAGGGACAACGAGACGCUGCGAGAAAUAGACCAGUACCAGAGGUCCAUUGAGAACCUGAAUCAGCCUCUCAGUAACUACGGGAGGCCCAAGGGCGACGGAGAAGUACGCGUGGCCUCGGUGGACAAACGAGCCAAACAGGACAGGCACAUCUUCCUGUUCGACUCGGCCGUGAUUGUCUGCAAACGCCGAGGAGACAACUACGAGAUGAAAGAAGUGAUCGACCUGCACCUCUUCAAGAUCACCAACAACCCCACGUCCAACAAAGAGAACCGAAAGUGGUCUUACGGAUUCUACCUCACACACAACCAGGGCCAGAACGGCUUUGAAUUCUUCUUCAAGACCAAAGAGCUGAAGAAGAAGUGGCUGGAGCAGUUUGGCAUGGCCAUAUCAAAUAUCCGGCCCGAGAAUGCAAACAAUAAUUUCCACGAGUUUCAAAUGCACACCUUCGAAAGAAUCACCUCCUGCAACUCCUGCCACAUGCUGCUAAGGGGGAUCUUUAACCAGGGCUACUUGUGCUCCAAGUGUGGUUUAGGCGCCCAUAAAGAAUGCCUCGCACGCUUUGGCAUCUGCGGGAAAACAGUAAUACAGCUUGUUGCAGGUUUACGAGUGGUGGUUGGAUUCCCUGUGACAAUCCGUCAUCUCCUGUCGGAGCCGGCAUACGUCUCGGUGCUUUCAGGUGGCCGAGGCAACAACGCCACCGGCAGCCCCACCUGA